GACCAGGGUUGGGAACCACUGGUGUAAGCGUACCUUAAAUGCCUUGCAUGCAAAAUUCUGUGAAACAGUGCAAACGGUGCAUCUCUAUCUCUUUUUUUUUUUUCUGCAGCCAGAGUUUAAAAUGUUAAUGAGCUGUCAUUAUUUGCAGCAAGACUUGUUUUGCAGCUAUACCAGGAUCUGAUCUGAUGAUUUAGUUUCCAUGGCACUUAUUGCUAUGGCAAUUGGUUUUGGUGCAUUUGGGAAUAUGUGAAAUUAAAACUAGCACUAGACAGAACCUUUCUGAAACCUUUCUGAAAUUUCUGAAGCUGCUUCCGUUGGCGUCUGUAUUACUGCAUCAAUGAGCCCAUGGCAUCAUGACAUCUCCACUAACAUCUGUUAUGUGUUAGUACAGUUUGAGCUUUCAAAACAUCUUCUCCAGUCUGUUCUCUUUGUCAGGCAUCUGUGCGUCAGCAAGGGAGUGACAGUUAGACCUGUUCGUCACAGGAAACUACAAGUAUCUAGUAAAUAAAGCUGCCUGCCUCAGUGCAAUGCUAAAACACUGACACGACCACAGCAGCAUCCCGCAGUGACACAUCACCUGAAACUGAGCUCAACUUCUCAGCUCCUCAAGAAAACAAGCCUCUGAUCUUUACAGAAAUCACUCCAAAUAGUUUUCUAACUUGGCUAUCUGAGUUUUCAGGCUGUUGCACGUUCAUAAGCAGAUGUGCAGUUAAGGAUUGUGCUCACGAAUAAGGAUUGUCAUCAUUGCUAGCCUGAGGACCAUGAGAUUGUGGUUCCUAUCAGCACUGUGUGCCUGAAAACUCCAGAGCAGUCGGCCAUGGGCAGUCGGCCCAGUAAAGACCGGCGUGGAUCCAGCGCACAUGCUGUUCUCUUGGACACGGAGGAAAGCACCAUGGACAGCGGUAGAUUCGUGGUGGUGUCCCUGUACGACUAUCCAUCCAGAGGUCCAGGUGACUGCACAAUCAGAGUGGGAGAGAGGCUCAACAUUUUGUCAGAUGAGGGAGAGUGGUGGAAAGUCAGUUCAUCAGCCACAGGAAAUGAGAGCUACAUCCCCAGCAAUUACACCGCCAAAGUGUACAACAGGUGGCAGUUUGUGGGUCUCAGCAAACAGAAAGCAGAGGAACUGCUGAUGCUCCCCCAUAAUCACGCUGGAUCCUUCCUUAUAAGAGAGAGCGAGACCUACCCAGGUAGCCACACUCUGUCAGUGCGUAGGAGCAGCGCGCAUGAACGCGCUUCUGUCAAACACUACCGUAUCAGCUGCAUCGAGAACGGCUGGGUCUACAUCUCUCCUGGACUCACCUUCAGGACCCUCUCAGACCUGGUUGCACACUAUUCAGAAGUAUCGGACGGGCUGUGCUGUACUCUGGGGGAGCCAUGCUACAUCAUUGGAUCCAACAACGUUCCUGUGGUAACCGGCCCGCCUCCGGUUGCCGUGAAGAGGCCUACUAUAAACUGGAAAGAUGUGGACAGCUCCAUGAUCUUCGGGCAGAGAAAAGACGGUGCAGAGGACUCCAUAGUGAGCGAAGGCCUGAAGGAGGCCAUUAACUCGUACCUCUACAUGACGGAGGAAUGUGAGGACUGCUCUCAGCUCUGGGACACAUGAUUGGAAGACUUGACGUGAAACUUGAAUGACUUUGGACUCUUGAUGCCGUGAUAUGGGAUAAAACACUUUACAGAAACUCAUUUUUCGUGACCCAGACGCGGGAAAUUAACCAAAAACGCAUCUAAGCGUCUUUUUUAAUUCGUGAAUUUCUUCGUAAAAACUGUUCAAGAGCGAAUGCGGCAUCAGCUGAAGUUAGCGGACGCGCACUGACUCAUUGCUGUUCUUCCAGAGUGGGUGCUGGAGACAAAGAUGUCAGCUUCCUGUGUGGACGCGCUCCUGGUGGACAUGAAAGAGAAAACGACUGAAGGAAAGAAUGACGGAGGGGUGUGUGAGUGGGAGGGGGAACACAGCUGGGCGGCAUACGCAUCCAUUUCCACUCCACUCACACUUUCUGGAACUUUAUCAGUAUCGUGCUUAUUACAAAUGUGAUCACAAUCAGAGAAUGAAAGAAGAAGCUUUAUUAAUGGUACCAGAGUUUGAUGUCAUUUUUUGUUGAAAAUGCCCAACAAAAUACAUAUUUAUGACUUAGAACAUAAAUGUUGUGUAACUUUGUAAAUAUAUACGGUUGCUUAAAGAGAUAAUAAAGACCCGAAAUGAAAACUGUCAUUCCAAACCUGUUCCAGUUUCUUCUGUG